AUGUAUACACAAGCAGAGCUGGUUAGUCGUGAGGAAAGUACGAGAAAUGCCGAGCCGGCCUUGCCUUCUUACCACCACUGUCGCGUUCGAAUCGGAGUCUACGCUCAAGCUCUACGGUGUUAUAUACAGAGUCCUGAGAAAUUUCGGCUGAGGAAUCGGUACCGGCACAUGGGGUCUUCUGUCCAGCAGCGCGCGCUAGAAGAUAUUUCUGAUCUUGUUGAUACCCGCUUUGUCUUACCCUCUUCUCACUGCAUCGAGAAACAGCCCUUGGCACGUACUGAUAGAGGAAAAGUCGACGGUGUUUUUAAUCCGUUGUUCUUGGAAGUGGUCCUGUACAUGUCAGCGACGCACCGGAAGCUGCUGCUACUUUGGUAUAGCUUCUGUCUAGCUGGCGUAUGUGUUGAUGUUGCAUUAGACGGUGACCCACCUUCUGCGCCACUGCCGUAA